CAGCAGUGCCCUCACCACGCCGUCGGUCGGUCAGAGAGGCCAUACCCCCGUGCCGUCACGCUGCACCAGAGAGCGGUCCUGUUUUUACUGGUGACGUAACCCGCCAGGCCCAGGCGACUCGGCAACUCGGCUGUGGGCGCUCUCGUGCACUGUGUGCAGUUUGUGUUGUAACGUGUAUAGCGCGGGGUGCGGUGCGCAGUAUUCAUUCACCAAUUAGAGCUAUCCGUGUAUAGGACUGGCGCGGGAGUGCAGAGUGCUCACUGUGACUGGUGCCAGUGUUGUUAGAUCUACUCGUUGUCGCUGAUCUAUUCGUCUCCAGGUCUAUUCGCUGUCGGUGAUCUAUUCGAGAACGCAGCCGUGGGAUACCGUGAUUGGUUAUAUGUUCAAGAUGUCGAAGAGUCAGCAGCUGCCGUUCAAGAUGAUUCCCCUGCCAGACGACAUCCAGAAGAGAAUCGCCAGCGACUUCAGGGGCUUCCCCAACGGCCUUGUCAGCUGCAACCACUGGGGCUACAAGGUGUCCGCCACGACCACGGAACAAGAGCUGGAUGGCAUAUUCAACUACCCGCUGGAUCCACGUGACGUUUGGCUGGUGACGCCGCCAAAGUGCGGAACCACCUGGAGCCAGGAAAUGGUGUGGCUUAUCGCCAACGAUCUGGAUUAUGAAGGAGCCAAAUCACCACUGAUGCCAGACAGGUGGAACUUUCCCGACUUUGUGACCGUGAUCGACAAGGACGACAUGCCCCGCUGGUUCCGCGGCAGUGUUCGCCACGGGCCGGGCCAGCCCAACGGGCCAUGGGCCGGGCUGGGCUACGGGCUGGGCCGGGCCCCCAAAUAUCAUUAGUUAACGGGCUAUGGACGGGCUGGGCCAAGAGCUUUGUGCACUAUGUGUUUUGCGACUAAUGUCAAUUUAAGAAAAUUUGGAAACUGAUGCAAACAAAACCCACUGGGAAAAUACAAAUACUAAACCAAAUUUAAGCAAUGUGAAAGAAAACCUACCUGAUACUGAAUUUUGGGAAUCUUGAGAAUUAUCCAAUAUCACAUCAUGUCACACAUAGGAGGGUUUUCAUAAAAAUUCCGCAACCAAAAAGAUCAGAGAAUCUCUAGCAUCAUGAGUUUGUAAUAAAAGUUAAAAUGUAGUCAUCAGAAUAACUUACUUAGCACUACAACUCCAAAAACUAAGAAGCCACUCAACAAUGAUGGGCUACAGGGCUACAUUAAGUUUAACACUUAUAUAUGGCGAUAGUGAGACAAUUCCAACACAGUCUUUUUUCCUUCACCGACGGCUUUUUAACGAACAGAACCUUAAAAGGAUACUCACAAAACACACUGUAAGUAACGAGGAGCUCUACAGAGUAUUUCGCGAUGAAAGCUUCUUUAAAUGUCCAUAAAUUUGUCAAAAUAAAUCACAACAAACCAGCCCCUUCUCAACAAAAUUUGCAAUCAUGGCGGCGGCGCUAUGUUUAUGUGGCGGCAUCUAGGUAGUAUACACAACAGUAUAUCAAAUAAAUACGUUUUUUAAGUAAGUAUCAAGGUGAAAAACAAAAUUAAACAAAUAAGAAAUAAAACCUAAAUCACGAAGUCUGAAAACUCGAACGAAAAACAAAACAAAAACUUGAUCAUAUAUGUUUUAUUAUACAAUUGGUCAAAAUUCCUACCUGCCGCAGCUGCGACAAUCAAGAAGUGUUCGCUCAUUUUCGAUUGAUGAUGAUGAUGCGUAAAAGUCGCAAAGAUACCCAAUGAUAUUUCAAGCUUAUCAUGUUUUCUGCUUACGCUGCUAGCGAUAUCCAUAUCUUGAAAAGAGCCUAACAUAAAAUAGCAAGGAAAGUAGCAGAUAGUUGUCCACAGAGAUUCGGUUGACACGUGGGCAUGAAUUGAAAAUAGAUAAGAUCAGUUUUGCUGAUAAAUGGAUGGAUUUUCUCUUUUUUUGGAAGACAGUGCUAAAGUUAGUGUCACCUAUUUUGUAUGCUUUCUCAGGCGUUUGAUAUUGCAGCAUCUAUGGAGUGAAUUUAACAGCAAGGUCAAUCCCAGACAGAUUCAUCAAUGGCCAUAAGUCAAGCUUUUUUUCUGCUGGUAAGUGCUGGGAAGUAUAGAGUAUGUGGCAAAUACUUCCUUCAAGUAUGCAUUAGAGUCACCAAUUAUGAAUGAUAAUGUUCACACACAUCAGCUUGCAAGAUAACUUUACUCAUAGAAUGUAGUUAAUAUAAUCAUGUGAACUUUUUAUAGGUGUGUAAUCAUGACCUAAUUGACUGAGGUGCUUGCUGUUACUGUUAAAAUUUGUGCCAUAGGUGCUUGAAAUGAUUAUAUUCAUUGAAAAGAAGGGAGUCAUGAUUGCCAUGUUAAUAUUCAUGCAAUUUGAAUUGUUCUCAAAAUAGUGUAAUCAAUCAUGCUUAUUAUAGCAAUAGACUAAGACAAUAACUAGAUUGCUAUUUUUGACGGGCCGGGCCGGGCUGGGCUUGGAAUAUUUGCCAAGAGCGGGCUACGGGCUGGGCCGGGCUCUGAACCCAUGGGCCCGGGCCGGGCUGGGCUGGGGAUUUUGGGGCCCGUGGCGA